CACGACGACCGGAUCGUCAGCAUCGCGGAGACCGACUUCUCCAGAUUCGCGUCUGGCACUCAAGCUGCUUUGUGGGGUGCACCCCGUGACGCGAGCGUCGCUCGCGCCACGCUGUGGUCGAAGCUCGCGCGGUCGACGCUGACGCGAUCGGUAUCCGCUCGCCAACUUAGGUUGCACACCGACGAGACCAUCGUCGGUGCCGUGCGGCGCGCCCAGGAGAACCCGUUGGACGAUCGCGUCGCUCUGUACAACGGCUUCUCGCACACCCCGUACCAGCUCAUCGGGGACAUGCUGGUUCGGCCGUCGCAAUCAAUCAUGCACGACUGGUCGCACACCUACCUGCAGGAUGGCAUCUGCGACGCCGAGUUCGGCACCUUCAUGUCAUCCUGUAGGACGGUCGCGUCCUACGCCGAGCUCGGCGAGCUCGUGCGCGCGAUUGCGCCGCCGCGCGCCUUUCCGCGCCUCGGCUCGCGAUUCGAGCCGAACAAGAUCCGCAACGCCCUGAAGAAGGAUAAGUUCCAGAGCGAUUGCGGCGAGUUCUGCACGCCUGCGCAAAUCGCAUCGCGAUAUCUGCGCGAGAUGGUGCGGGGCAUGUUGGCUGCCUUCGACGUGCUGGAGCUGCUGAUGGCCGCGCGCAACGUGGGCACGGUGCGACCGUCGCAGCUAGCGGCUGCGAUCAAGCGGCAUCUGGACGCAGAGAUGUACCGCCACGGCUUCCUUGUCGCAGCCAUGACGAUGGAGCGCAAGCACCGCGUAGUCAAGCGGUACUUGCGGCCGCGCCGCACGCUCACCACCUUCGCGCUCGGCGUCGUGGAGGAGAUAACGUGCUUCGAGUUGUGGCAGCUCUGCGACACGGAG